AUGCCAAUCUCAGCUCUCCCCGAAGGCACUGUCCGCCGAUUAGGAUCAACGCUUGCGAUCACUAGCGCCGUGCUCCUGCUCAAGGAGCUCCUCGACAAUGCCAUUGACGCUGGAGCCACCUCGGUCGAUGUGCUGGUCUCGUCCAACACAGUUGACAAGAUUGAGGUUCGAGAUAACGGUCAUGGCAUCAAUCCCACCGAUUUCGACUGCCUUGGUCGCCCCGGUCACACCAGCAAACUCCGAUCCUUCGACGAGCUAGGCACUCUAGGAGGCGCCACGUUGGGAUUCCGCGGCGCCGCACUGGCGAGUGCCAAUGCCUUGGCCGACAUUUCAAUCACAACUCGCGUGUCAACCGAGCAUGUUGCCACCGUUGUCUCUCUUGCAAAGGGCGGAGGCGUCGGCGCACAGCGCCGUGUUGGUGCUCCAAUCGGUACCACCGUCAGUGUGACCGGCCUGUUCUCUCAUCUGCCAGUCAGGUUACAGCUCGCCGUCAAGGAGGCACCAAGGAGCCUCGUUAAGAUAAAGGGCCUACUGCAGUCGUAUGCUCUCACGAGACCCGGCCUGAGGCUGCGAUUAACAGUGUUGAAAGCUCCCAAUUUGUCGUGGUCUUACGCCCCAGCGCCGAAUGUCGGUGUCAAGGAAGCCGCCAUGCAGCUGUUCGGCGCCGAGCUCGCCGCUCAGUGCACGUUCCGGACAUUCCCAAGCGACAAAACGCCAGAUAAUACGGGACUGUCACGCAGCCAGCCCAAUCUUCAACAUUCGGCCGAGCAAGGCCCGACCUUCGAGGCUCUCUUGCCGAAUCCCGAGGCCGGUCCCCAGAAACUUGCCAAGGGAGGUUUCUUGUCCGUGGACUCUCGGCCAAUUUCGUCGACGCGAGGGACGGGCAAAAGACUCCUCUUCAUAUUCAAGAAGCACCUUGGAGACCACUUUACCAGGGCUCGCCCAGGAGAAACCCUUAGGGACCCCUUCAUCGUGUUGAAUAUUCGUUGUCCACCGGGCAGCUACGACGUCAAUGUCGAACCGGCAAAGGAAGACAUUCUGUUCAAGGAGGAGCAGCGAGUCACCGAUCUUUUCGAGUCAUUCCUUUCUGUCUUCUAUACGGCACCUGAGCGCCGUGACUCACGCCAGCCGCGGAUCACUGCGGUGCAGCGGGAUGAUGAAAUGCCCAUUGAGGCAGCUCCUGAACUGCCUGUCCGUCCUUCGGCGCCACAAGUCUCAACACCAGCGUGGAGGAUAGAUAUGUUUUCUGGAGUCGAUGCGGUGAGCGAUAACGAUAACGACGGCAAUGACCGCUAUCAAGAACGCAUCUCAGAGCGGAAUGAGGAUGACAUGUUUCCAACCCCUGAAAAAGACCGCCUUGAAGACGAUAGCGAGGCACCUUCAAGGGAAGGGUUGAACCCCUGGUCCAUUGCCAAACUCACCAGCAGGAACCCAAGGACCGAACCCCGACCUGAGCGGACAGCGCAGGAAAACCAUCAUGAGACUCAAUCCCAGCCGCCGGAACGCGGUGUUCCCGAAUUCACCGCGGCUUCUUCGUUACUCACCCAAGAACCCCACGCAAGAGAACAGUUGCAAUCUAGGCAUACGCGCCAGGGCAGGCGAGAGAUUGCAUCAUCCACUGGCGGUUCUUUGUCAUUCACCCAAGAGCCCCACUCAAGAGCACAAUGUACACGCCAGGGCAGAGGGGGAAAUCCAGCGUCGACGGGCAGGCGCCUCCAGGACAUCCUUGGAAACCUCUCUAACAGGGCGAACAGCGGUUCCUCUUGGUCAUCCAACCGGCAGACGCAAUCUCGUCGUAGUCUCGGGAUGCACAGUCCGCCGACGUCAUCGCCUCAUGAACACGAACACGACGGAGGUGGUCCAAGGGACCAGAGUCGUCCACGCCGCGUCUCAGGGCCCAGAGGCCUAGUUCAGUCUCAGAUAUCAUUUGACAGGAACAACCACCGACAUCCGCGACACAAUGACGCCGAUACUGACCUCGCCGAGCAGGUGCUUGGGACCCCUAGGUCAGCGCGGCGCACAAGAGCCUCGGCAUCGACACAUCACGAGGUCACUGACCAGACAACGACAGCUUCUACUCUACUGGAUCCGAAACAUCAGAGAGCGACUCUACAGCCGUUACCGUCCCUCUGGCCUCACAACGACGGUGGUGCGAGUGAGAGACAGACAUAUAACCCUUCAGACGAACAGAUCCGUGGAGAGAAUGCUCAGUCAGGCCUGUCAACUGAUGACCCCAGGGAACACCUCAUCAAGCUACAGCGACUCGCGGCGCAAAACUCAAACAAGAAGCCUAAGCGACUUAAGACAGAGCAGCUGCCCCUCGAAACGGUCCCGCGGGGUUUCCAAACCUGCAUCUUGACGUUAACCGUGCCGGUCGAUACGCAUGCAUUAGUGCGAUUGAUCUCCGAUGAGAAGCACUUUGACGCAUGGCUGGUUGACGGGAAGCUGAGAGAUGCCUUUAAGAACGGAACCAGCCCUGAGGACACAGCCGCAUUAGUCCGGCCACUGUUGGUGCGCUUCAGACCGGGGACGACUGCAACAGCUUAA